UAUAUUUUACAAUUGUUUAUUCAUCAAACGAACGAACUGCGCCCUACAGAAUGAACGAGAAACUAAAUUUCUGGUCUGUUUUACCUUGUUGACGUCUUUCGCGAGUGAACAAUCAACGAAAUCGUAGUUUUCAAAUUACUUCUACCUGGAGACUUGUACAUCAUCCGCUGAGUGCUCGUUUUGCUCUAUCCGGCCCAAAGAAUGGCGCUCUGGUCUCCAUUUGGACAUUCGUUUCGCAAAAAUGUUUAUAUUACAAAUAAAUUAAUGCAGGGAUUUUUCUAGGGACUGGUGUACCAGCAGCUCGAUAGCCUAGGGAAAUUUCGAUAUACCUACUCUUUGAUAAUUGUGUUGUAUGUAUGUAAGCAAAACAAACAAUUGUUUAUACGUAGUACCGUCCCAAAACAAUACUCAAGAAAAUUCUAUGAAAUAGACAUAUAAACAAAAGUGAAAAUGAAUUUAGAAUUAUUAGAAUCAUUUGGUCAGAACUAUCCAGAGGAGUUUGAUGGCACUUUAGAUUGCAUAUCAUUAGCUGUUACUUGUACAUUUAACAAAAGAGGAACUCUUCUUGCUGUUGGGUGUAAUGAUGGUAGAAUUGUUAUUUGGGAUUUCCUAACCCGAGGUGUUGCAAAAAUAAUUAGUGCACAUGUACAUCCUGUGUGUUCAUUGAGUUGGUCUCGAAAUGGACAUAAAUUAUUAAGCGCUUCUACAGAUAACAAUGUUUGCAUAUGAUGUUUUAUCGGGAGAAUGUGAUCAAAAUAUAGAUUUCCUUCUCCUAUAUUAAAAGUGCAAUUUCAUCCAAGAAAUCUUAACAAAUUUUUAGUUUGUCCCAUGAGACAUGCAGCAGUAAUGGUUGAUGUCGAGGGCACUCAUAGAGUUAUACCUCUUGAUGAUGAUAGUGAUUUAAAUAUAGUUGCCUCUUUUGAUCGCCGUGGAGAUUAUGUGUAUACUGGAAAUGCUCGUGGUAGGAUUCUAGUUCUUGAUGCAGAAUCCUUAAAUGUAAAAGCUUCUUAUAAAAUUUCACAAGGAACAGCUAGUAAUACAGCUGUAAAAAGUAUUGAAUUUGCCAGACGUGGUUCUUGUUUUCUAGUAAAUACAUCAGAUAGGGUUAUUCGUGUAUACGAUAGUACGGAAGUAUUGGCUUGUGGUAAAGAUGGUGAACCUGAACCAAUACAGAAGUUACAAGACCUUGUAAAUAAAACCAUGUGGAAAAAAUGUUGUUUUUCUGGAGAUGGAGAAUAUGUAUGUGCUGGAUCUGCAAGACAACAUGCUUUGUAUGUAUGGGAAAAAAGUAUUGGAAAUUUGGUAAAAAUUUUACAUGGAACUAAAGGAGAAUUAUUACUUGAUGUUGUUUGGCAUCCAGUGAGGCCAAUUAUUGCUUCAAUCUCAUCUGGUGUUGUUUCCAUUUGGGCCCAAAAUCAAGUUGAAAACUGGUCUGCAUUUGCACCAGAUUUUAAAGAAUUGGAUGAAAAUGUUGAAUAUGAAGAAAGAGAGAGUGAAUUUGACCUAAGUGAUGAAGAUAAGUCAGUAGUACAAGGUGAAGAAGCUCAGGAUGAAGAGAUAGAAGUAGAUGUUGCUUCUAUUGAUAGAGUAGCUGCUUUUUGUAGUUCUGAUGAAGAAAUGGAAGACAUUGGUUCAUUGCAAUUUUUACCAAUAUCACCAGAUGUAGAAGAUUCAGAAGAUAAUCAAACAACACCACAUGAACCACCUAUGAAGAAACAUCGUUCUCAUGACAUUCAUUUGCAAGGUGCACCAGUAGAUGAAACUCAUCCAUUAUUAAAUAAAGGGAAAGAUAAACCAACAACAAAAAAAGGAAGACCGCGGUUGGAACAUAGAAAAGGAAAAUAAUUGACAACAUAUUUAUAAAAUAUGUCAUAAAAUGCAUUAAUACUUCCUAUGGAAUGUUUCUUACAAACUAUUUAGUCUUACAUGUUUUUGUAUCGAAAACUUGUAUAAGGGACAUAAAGAUAUAAAUAAAUUUUAUAUAUGUAUAUUCAAUAAAUGAAUUAAACUUGA